UCCCAAAGAUCUAAGCCACCGUCACAAUUCCUAAUAUUUCUAACCGUUGAUUUAAAAACCUCUAAGCCACCGUCACCUUAGCCACCUUGCUCACCGCCAGAACCACCACAGUAGCAGAUCUGCGCAUGAAGUGUAGAAGAAGACACAUCUUCCUCCUUCCACCGACGUCAACGUUCAGCCGUAGACGCAAUCGAGGCUGAAAUUCGAGGUAGUUCUGUCUGCCAUCUUGAUCCCCCCCUUCCUCCACUCUCGUCCAUCUCAAUUCUCACGCUGCCCAUGCUCCCGCCGGCGUCUGACAUGUUAAUACUCCGUAUUUCCUGUUUCGGCAUGCAGGUGUCAUGUUAAUAGAUUUGACGAAAAUGAGGUUUAGAUCGAAUCAGGGCUAGUAGUUGGAGCUAGCUGACAGUCUUACAUCAAUACUUAUGCUCCUCGGAAAGUCUGAGGAUGAAACUAUAUGUAGAAUAGCUACUCGUACAAAUCCUGCAAUGGAUGAAUCAAACCAGGAGCUUAUUAUAGCUCAGAGUGGGAUUAGUCUUUUAGCAAUGGCAGCAGUUGAAGAAGAGGAUCCUCAGAUUCCAAGUGUGGUAGAUGGUGCAUUUGCAAAUCUAUGUGGCAAUGGUAAGACGGAUAGUGACCUCACGUGUUCCCCCAGCAGAACACAAUCAUCCAGUUGCUUGGCCUUGACACAUAAAACUAAUGGUAUGUUCAAGAGAAUGGUCGAUAAAUCAUUGGUUUACAAGGACUUAAGCAAUAGGAAACUUAACACCUUUACUAGACUUUAUGAUUCAAUCCAGCUUGUCAAGUCUAAAUUAGAUCCUGAUCAAAUUGUUCUAUUUAAGAAUUCAGUGUUUGGGCCAUUUCUCGAUGCCAAGGAAAUGAAUUGCUGUGGCCAACUUUUACAUUUCUUGCUAGGGAACCUUGUUGAGAUGGAAAAUUGUGAGGAUGCAUCACACAUGUAUUUUGAAAUUGAGGAUAGGGUUGUAUCAUUUUCAGUUUCCGAUUUCACACUGAUUCUAGGUUUCAAUUGCCAUGAUGAUGUUCCUACCGGUCAACAUAUUGUAUCUGAGAGGGGUAAUAUAUGGCAGAAAUACUUUCCUCAUUGUAAAACUAAGGUUAUGAGGAGAGAUAUUAAGAAAGUAUUUCAAGCUAUUGAGAAGGGUAGUGAACAUAAUGAUGAUAUAAUUAAAUUGUCAUUACUGUUUGUGCUAUCCCAUUCAUUCCUGUCUGCUGAAGGGGGCGUUUCUUUGAACAAUGCCUAUAUUAACCUUGUGGAUGACCUCGAUAGAUUUAAUGCUUACCCGUGGGGAAGAGCCAUUUGGAAGGACAUGGUUAGUUACUUUAAGGCUGGGGUUAAUAGCAUGCAGUCCAAUGAAUCCCAUUACAAUGUCUAUGGUUGUGUUAUGGCCCUACAAGUUUGGGCUUUUGAGACAUUUCCAGUUCUCAAAGAGUUGGACAUCGCGCGGAUGGUAGACCCCUAUGCAUUCCCAAGGAUUUUAAGAUGGUCUUCAUCAGCGAGGCCAAGUAGUGCAACUUUGAAAAAAAGUCUUUUCAGUAAUAAAAAUUUUCUUUUCAGAAACAUUGAGCCUUCAAGUAGUGAUCUUCAGCAUGAGAAUGUUCUCCAAGCAUGCCAACUGACCAAAUUAAACGCUUCCAUUUCCGGCGAAGCACCUCCGCGGUAUUCGGAAACCACAGUUUCGGCUUUUGCUACAAGGAAGAAAUCUAGAGCAAGGACAACAACUCUAACAAUUAUGGGGAAUGAUGAAUCAACCCAUGGUGGUGACGUUCCAACCACUGCCAGCCAGCAGUCCAGUGAAGGCACACAUGUAGAAUUGGAUGCUAAGAUUUCUUCUCUUGAAAAAGAAUUGAAAAAAGUCAGGAAUGAUAUGAGAAGAGUCGAGAAAAAAGUCAAGGGGCAAGACAAGCUGAUUUCCCAUUUGAAGGACAUUAUUGUCACCUCAAGGUGUUGUAUCAAUAGCAAUGGGAGUGGAUCGCAAAAUCAUUUCCCAAAUCACCACAUGCACAGUGCUACUGGCAAUGCAACUAAUAGAUGUCAUGCCCUGGGUGAGAAUGGGACCACAAAUUCUGGUGAGCCAUUGCCAUGUCCAAGUACUGGAGACACAAAUGGAAACAGUGAUGAGAGUUUUGGCAUGGCUUGGGCACAGCAAGCUCUCAACGUUGACUAUGACAUUUUUGAGCCAAAGGGUGUUCAGGUGAUAACUGAUGAAGUGGUCAUAGACGAUGGCCCAGCAAUACUGAAUGAUACACUGAAACGAAAAGCAAUGUCAACAUGCAGUCAAACCCCAUGUUCCGAUGCAAACUGUAAGAAGGGGCGUAACGUCCAAUCUGUUUGUCUGUUUAGCCGGGGGCGGUUCAAAGUAUUCAACUCGAAAACCGAGCGUACAAAGUUUUCAUCUUAUAUCAUGGAUGGCAUUGCUAAGAGACUUAGAAACCUUAGUCAACAACCACCUUAGAAUUCACCUUGUCUUUGAUCGGGAUUAGAUCAUUACCAUGCUUGCACAUUUUUGUGAUUGAACAAAUACUCCCGUGUAAAAUAUUGAGUUGCAGUUACUGGGUCGCUCCUCAUAUUUGGCUUGCCUGUUUGAGGGUGUAGUUUUGUGUUUACAGUCCCAAGCUUGGACCUGAUUAGGUCCUAGUUUGAAUUUAGAUGUUGGAAAUAUUUUCAUUAGACCUGUAGUCAUAUUCAGGUUAGAUCAACAUACAGAAGUUUUGCAAGUCAAAGGUAUUACAGUCACUAUUUUCAUCUAAUAAAUAUAACAUAAAAAAUUGUCCCAA